AUGAUAUCCGUCGCGCGCGGGACCGCGCCGCGGGGCGCGCGCAUCGGACGCGCGCGUGCAUCCCCCGGCCGCAUCGGGACGGCGCCAGCUGUGUCGUCCACGUCCGCCCCAAGGUCGCGCGUCGCGGUCGUCAGAGCGGCGCGCGUGGGCACCGGACGCUCGUCGUCGUCGUCGUCGUCGUCGUCGUCGUCGUCGUCAGAUGCGUCGGGCGUCUCGCGCCGCGCCGCGCUCGCCGGUAAGGCGUUAUUCACCCUCGGCGAGGCGUUCAUCUUCCCGUGGGCCACCGAGGGCGCCACCCGGCCGAAAUCGCCCGCCACCGCGACGCUCGCGCCGUUCUCCCCCGCGUGGCUUUCAUCCAUCCUCUACACGGAGACGGACCCAGACGCCAAGGCUUCCGCCAAGGCGGCGCUCCUCCUGGGCGAGGCGCUCCAGGCGGAGGGAAAGCACGCGGAAGCGAUAGGAAAGUUCGAGGAGGUCUACGCCCUCGCCCCGACCGAGUACAAGAUGUGCCAGAGGGCCGGUCUUCGCACGGCGGUGAGCUACAAGGCCAUGUCCACCAGGCUCGGCGACGAAUACGACAAAAAGGCCAACGAAGCCAAGCAGGUGGUGUGGUGGUGGGGGCGGGGCACGCGGUGGCCGGGGUGGUACAUCGUGGCGUACCUGUCCGCCCGGAACGUCUGGUUCGAAACGAGGGAGGACCCGGUCGGGGCGUUCACCGCGACGGAGGGGCUGGCGGUGCUGGUGCCGAUAUGGCUCGGGCUCCUAUACACUCUCGUCACGUUCGGCAUCCCGGACUACUGA